AUGUUCAGUGGCUCCUCGAGCCCACCCAAAGAGAAACUCGAUACCAUUCCCUCUGGUGCUGGUGCUGGUGCUGGUGCUGCCGUGACAGCCGAUCCGGCGGCCUUGACCCUCAACACCGACGAGAUCUCCAGCUCCCCCCGUGAGAAGCGGUUCUCUCCCCCCGGCGGGUUUUUCAGCAGACGGGCCAGCGAGGACCAGAGCUCGGGUGGGGAGAAGAAGCGCCGAAGCAGCACCGUGACCAAGGCGGCUUCCCUGUUCAGCAGUGCCAAAAACUCCCUGGCCCUCAACAGCGCCCGCGAGUCGCCUACGAACAGCGGAUCGCAUUUCCCACAGUCCCAGAUGCAGAAGCUGGGCAGGAUGGACCCCGCUCUGAGUGUGCCCCAGGGCUCGUUGAACAACUCUGCUGGCGAGUCACACCCUACGCCCCGUUCCUCCUUUCGAGUCGGUGUCACCGAAGAUCGGAAUCGGAAAUGUCGCCGUACGAUGGAGGACACCCAUGCCUAUCUGUACAAUUUUCUCGGCACUCCCGCGCCCGCCGCGGCGGCAUCCGCCAGUGGUUCCCCCCCUCUGAACGGGAGAGAGCCGGUCAGCCCGACCAAUGCUUCACAAAGUGCGGCGAGCGAAAGCAGCACCAGUGUCCUCGAGACCGAUAACGGGUAUUUUGCCAUCUUCGAUGGACACGCGGGCACCUUCGCGGCGGAAUGGUGCGGGAAGAAGUUGCACCUCAUCCUGGAGGAUGUGAUGAAGAAGAAUCCCAAUACCCCUGUUCCGGAGCUUCUCGACCAGACAUUCACCAGUGUCGACCAACAGUUAGAAAAAUUGCCCCUGAAGAACAGCGGGUGUACGGCAGUCAUCGCGGUCCUCCGCUGGGAGGACCGCGUGCCCAGUUCGCAUUCCGUCACGGGCUCGGCUGCCCUCGCCCCGGCGGCAGCGGCGGCAUCUGCAUCAGCCUCGAAAGCAGACGCAGACGAAGCCGCCAGCGAGACCCCGACCCAAACAACAGCCGUGCCGGUUGCCCCUUCGGUGCUGCCCAAGCUUCAAGAGAAGGCUCUUCGGCAGCGUGUUCUGUAUACGGCCAAUGUCGGCGACGCCCGGAUUAUCCUAUGUCGGAACGGCAAGGCCCUCCGUCUAUCGUACGACCACAAGGGCAGUGAUGAGAACGAGGGGAAACGCAUUGCCAAUGCAGGCGGCUUGAUCCUCAACAACCGCGUCAACGGCGUCCUGGCCGUGACCCGUGCCUUGGGUGAUGCGUACCUGAAGGACCUGGUGACGGGGCACCCAUAUACCACUGAGACUGUUAUCCAACCUGAAGCUGAUGAAUUUCUAAUAUUGGCAUGUGAUGGGCUAUGGGAUGUGUGCAAUGACCAGGAAGCGGUAGAUCUCAUACGCAACGUGACCGACGCCCAGGAAGCGUCAAAAAUGCUGGUCGACUAUGCCCUUGCGCGGUUCAGCACAGACAACCUGUCGUGCAUGGUGAUCCGGUUUGACUCGAUGCGCGUCAAGGAGGUGGUUGAGCGUGCGGUGGACCCAAUCGGCGUCGACGGGGAUCCAGCCAUGCGGCCUACGCAUGGGGUCGGGGUCAGCGAGGCGGACAAGAUCCUCGAGGGGGCGCGCAAGAGCAUGGCGCACCCGGAGCUCACGGACGGCGCGGUGGUGGCGGACGACCAGCGAGUCCGCUCCGAGAUGGUAGAGAAGGCUACCGCCGAGGAGUCGGGGCCUGAGUUUGCUAUCGAGGAGCCAGAUCCCAAGACUAGCUAA